AUGGGGCUGCGACUGCCUGGAAUGUUGCGCUACUUCACAUUGGCGCUCCUGCCGUCACCCUCGACUAGCGACCUCAUCGACCACAUCGAUCAAGUGGCUGUAUCCUAUGCUAUGUACAGCACCGGCCUCGCCCUCGUCCUCACCUUCACUGUCUUGCUAGCCUCUGUGUAUCUGCUCCCUCACUGGUUCUUACGCUGCCUCAAGUGGCACUCGCAUCCUUCUGUGCUCUGGAGCGUCAGCACGUCGUCUCAAGUCUGUUCACUGACGAUUGACGACUCACCCACACCUUCGACGCCUGCGAUCCUCGACAUCCUCGCUGAACACAAGGUCAAGGCCACGUUUUUCAUCAUCUCAGGCCUCAUUCCUGGCAAUGAAGAGGUCCUGCGACGCAUCGUGCGAGAAGGUCAUACGCUGGCCAACCACCUCACUGAAGACCGGGCCAGCAUCCUGGACGAGCUUCACGUCUUCGAGCAGAAGCUGCUGAAGUGUGACCGAGCCAUUAACCAGUUCCAACCUGCAGCGGACGAGACGGCCGAGCCAUUAGAGACGCAGCAGAAGGACAGACCGGAGAAUGUCCAGCUAGAGACAAAUGUGAACGACGUGAAAACGGACGGCGGUAAUCGACCAAGAAGCAGGUGGACGCGUCCAGCGUCUGGGUGGUUUACGACACCCAUGCGCGAAAUUCUCACGCGUCAUAAUUACCGCAUCUGUUUGGGCAGUGUGUACCCACAUGAUGCGCAGAUUCAGUCGGAGACUUUAAACUCGAUCUUCUUGCGAGCACGCACUAGCUGCGGAUCGGUGAUCAUUGUGCACGACAGGUCGUGGACAAUAGGUGUCUUGGAGACCGCUCUUCCUGCGCUUACGCGCAGAUUCACGUUCGUGACUUUGGACGAGCUCUUGUUGUAUCACGAAACCAAGUUGACAAAGCGGGUAAAUGAAGCUUAA